AUGUCGGCGCCAUGGAACCAACAACCGGAUGGUCCACAACAACAACAGCAGCAGCAGCAGCAACAAAUUCCACCAUCGACUGGAAUGAUUAAUGGUGUGCAAGGUCAAAGUGAGAACAGUCCAAAUCUGUUACCUCAGCUCGCGCCUCCCGCCGUUAACAUCCAGAUAAAACCGGAACAUGAUCAACAACAACAUCACGUGACCCUACCAUCGAUUUCUACUAUUAGUGGAUCAAAUCAGCCCUCCCAGGGUCAAGGACAGGAACAGGUACAAGGCCAGCAAAACGCACGUUCUCAUUCCCAUUCACAUUCGCAUGUGCACCCUCACAUCCACGGACCAUUGUCUGGUGUUUCUAACCGAAUGGAUAACAUCAAUUUACAGAAUGGAGGAACUCCUAUCAAUUCUGCCGCCGGGAGUAACGGUCCUGUCUCAACGAAUAGCGAGGGCGCCAUCCCUACUCCAUCAAUUAACAAUAUCGUUCAACAACCAGAUAUUACGCAUCAACAGCAACAACAGCAAUUACUUCAGGGGCACAAUGUCCAGGUGGAAAAUGCUAUGACAGUGGGACAGGAUCCACUGCAACAAGCUCAGUAUUCUUCAUAUAGGCCCUUGAACGUCAAGGAUGCUUUAUCGUAUUUGGAACAGGUUAAAUUUCAAUUCAGCUCUAGACCGGAUGUCUACAACCACUUCUUGGACAUUAUGAAGGACUUCAAAUCUCAGGCUAUCGAUACUCCUGGAGUAAUUCAACGAGUAACGACUCUUUUCCAAGGAUUCCCGAACUUGAUUCAAGGUUUCAAUACUUUUCUUCCUCAUGGGUAUAAAAUCGAAUGUUCUACCAACCCAAACGAUCCAAUCAAAGUUACCACACCGUUCGGAACUACCGGUGAAGUUUCUGCUGGACCACCUACACAAUAUCAAUUAGCACCCGUAGCUGGCCAAAAUGUUGAAAACCAAAAUAUUGAAAUGCAGCAGCAGGUCUCUCAACCUCAAUUCAAUAAUGGGGAUCAAAUUCAACAUCAGCAGUUGCAGGAUCAGUUGCAGAAUCAAUCUGCAACCUCGGCUGCAAUGCUUGUUUCGCAACCACAAUCACAGACCCAACCUCAACAAUUACAUUCACAACAGUCUCCUCAGCAACAAGGUCAGCCACCACAGAGACAAGCUCAACAACAGCCUCAACCGCCACAGUUAGAGAAUCAAUUUGUCAAUCAAAAAAUUGUUGCAGCUGGUGGUGGAAUGCUUGGUGCUUUACCUGGACAGCAAAAGACAGGCGAAGUAGAAUUUUCUCAUGCCAUAAGCUAUGUCAACAAAAUCAAAACUAGGUUUGCUGACCAGCCUGAUAUCUAUAAACAAUUCUUGGAAAUCUUACAAACCUACCAGAGGGAACAGAAACCAAUUCAUGAGGUUUAUGCUCAAGUAACGAUCCUUUUCCAAAAUAACCCUGAUCUCUUGGACGAUUUUAAGAAAUUUUUGCCGGACUCUUCUGUUUCACAGCAACAACAAGAACAACAACAAGAACCACAGCAACAACAACAAGAUCAGCAACAGGAACACCAACAAGAUCAGGAGCAGCAACAUCAUGAGCAAAAACAGCAACCGUUACCGCAAGAUCAAAAUCAGCAAGCAAUGCUCCCACCCCAACCUUACUUACAACAAAAUCAAUCUAUGCAGGGACAAGGAUUCUAUCCACAAUCUGGAGUGUUAAUGCAGCCGACGAACCUUCCUCCAUUAGGAAAUUUUUCUGCUUCAGGCCAAGCAUCGCCGGCUGAAAAUAGUCAUAUGCUACCAUCUAUGCACCAGCACAUUGCAGGUGGGCACGUGAUACCUCAACAUGUUGUGACACAAGGUAUGUCCAACCAGGAUAUUCCUGUAUCUGAAAUGAGAUCAACCAUGAAUGGCACUUAUAAUCAAGUAGAGUACAUUCAGGGUGCCCCAGGUUAUCCUCAACCACUUGAAGGUGUGCAAUACAUGGAAGCUCCUAUGGCUAGACCUGAAAUUGACUUGGACCCAAGUCUUGUACCCGUCGUACCAGAACCAAUACAACCUCCUGAAGAUGCCAUUGCAUUAGGUGAUGAAGUGACGUUCUUUGAAAGAGUGAAAAGGUUUAUUGGAAACAAGCAAGUUUACGCUGAGUUUUUGAAAAUUCUUAAUUUGUACUCACAAGAUCUUCUAACAACCUCUGAAUUGGUCUCGAAGGUGGAAUUCUAUUUGCAUAGCUCUAAAGAACUUUUCGAUUGGUUCAAAAGUUUUGUUGGCUACCAAGAAAAACCCAAACAUAUCGAAAAUAUAGUACAUGAAAAACAUAGAUUGGACUUGGACCUCUGCGAAGCAUGCGGCCCAAGUUAUAAAAAAUUGCCAAAAGACGAUACCUUCAUGCCAUGCUCUGGAAGAGACGAAAUGUGCUGGGAGGUUUUGAAUGAUGAAUGGGUGGGUCAUCCAGUGUGGGCGUCAGAGGACUCUGGGUUCAUUGCUCAUCGGAAGAAUCAAUAUGAGGACACACUCUUCAAGGUAGAAGAAGAAAGGCACGAAUAUGAUUUCUACAUCGAGUCCAAUUUAAGAACAAUUCAAACCUUGGAAACGAUUGCUAAUAAAAUUGCAAACAUGACCAACGAGGAAAAGAACAAUUUCAAGCUUCCUCCUGGAUUGGGUCAUACUUCCCUAACAAUUUAUAAGAAAGUCGUUAGAAAAGUAUACGAUAAAGACAGAGGUUUUGAGAUUAUUGACGCCUUACACGAGCACCCAGCUGUCACAGUGCCCAUUGUUUUGAAAAGAUUAAAGCAAAAGGAUGAAGAAUGGAGAAGAGCUCAGAGAGAGUGGAAUAAGGUCUGGAGAGAACUUGAGCAAAAGGUUUACUAUAAAUCGUUGGACCAUUUAGGGUUGACCUUUAAACAAGCCGACAAGAAAUUGUUGACUACCAAACAACUACUAUCUGAAAUUAGCAGCAUAAAGGUUGAUCAAACCAAUAAAAGAAUACAUCCAUUGACACCUAAACCAAAGAGUCAGUUAGAUUUUGAGAUAAAUGACCGUGAAGUUUUGUAUGAUAUUUUGGAUUUGGUGUUUACGUUCGUUAAGACUAAUGCAUCCUAUUCCAAUUCGGAUAAGAUCAAAUUGGAUCAUUUUUUCAAGGCGUUCAUAUCUCUAUUCUUUUCGUAUCCAAUCAAAGAUGUUAAUGAAGCUGUAUCUGAACGCUCUUCAAUAACUGACCAAGAAAAUGGAGAAGAAGAUUCUAAUAAAAGCGAUUCAGAAAAAUCUAAUAAGAGAACAUUAUCUGAUGAAGACUCUUAUCUGAUGAAAGACAUUUUGCGUAGGACGAAGAAUGCAAAAACCUCGAAUUCCGAAGAGAAUCAAAAUAGCUCUUCCGUAAAAUCGAAUGAAGAAGAUGAGACUGAACUCUUGGCCAAAGAGGCAGCCAAACCUUGGUUACUCGGAAGCCUUAUUGAUGAAGCCAAUAAUAGUGGGAUAGUAUCCGAUCGACACAUUUUCAAUCUCUUCACUAACACAACCAUUUAUGUUUUCUUCCGUCACUUGAACACUCUCUAUGAACGGUUAUUAGAAGUCAAGAAAAUAGAUGCUGAGGUUACUGAUGAGAUUAAAAACAGGAAAAUUGUACAAUUUGCCAGCGAUUUAAAUCUAAUUUCGACACAAUUGGCUGACAUGGGUCUAGCUUUCAAAGACACUAAAGCUUAUGGUGAGUUGUUAAGACUUUCGAAAAGAUUGAUAACUGGUGAUUUAGAUCAUCAAUGGUUCGAAGAGAGUUUACGUCAAGCGUACAAGAAUAAGGCGUUCAAAAUCUACACCAUCGACAAAGUCGUCCAGUCACUAGUGAAACAUGCCCAUAGUAUCAUAACGGAUCCAAAAAAUGCCAUGGUGAUGGUUUUGUUUGAACAAGACAGACUAAAAAGGGAUACCACUGCAAAGGAUCAGAUUUUGUAUAGAUUGAAGGUCAGGAACACCAUGGGAGAAUCUGAGAAUAUGUUCCGUAUUGAAUACAAUACCGACAGCUCACAUGUAUCAAUCCAAUACGUUGCCGUGGACGAUUUGACAUUAAAAGAGCCUCAAAACAUGAAAGAAAAAUGGGAUUACUAUGUCACGUCUUAUUCAUUGUCUCAUCCUACCGAAGGGAUAACACAGGAAGAUAUCAGCCAACCCUUCCUUGGGAAAAUCAUCGAAAAAGAAGCGGAAUAUCUUGAUGAUGAGGAACAGAAUGACAAGUUCUCACCAGAAGGGGUCUCUCAAUCCAAGCUCAAAGUUAACAUACACCCAGAAACUUAUGAACUAACUUUCGAAUGUGGUUCAACUGAUGUGUUCACCAGAAAAUCUGUUAAUAAGUUCCCAAGCUCCCAAAGCACUCAACCGGCAUCAAAAAUGGAUAAAUUCUUGAAUAGUUCUAAGGGUUGGAAGAAAAACUUGAGCACUGAGAUAAUUGGACGCGCAGAGUCCAAAAUGAAAAUUUUGAAGGAACAAGGUAAAUUAGAAAUUGACCAAACACUGACAAUUACUGCAAAAAUUGAAGAACCAAACGAACCAAUCUCUAAGGAAGAUGUUCCUGAAAAAGCUGUGUAG